AUGACAUCUCCUGCACCUCCUACCCCUGUAAGCGAAUUUGAAGAUACAAUCCGGCAGUAUAUUCCAGAGGAGCUGAUUUCUCCGACUUGGAAAUGCCUCGGCGAAGACUUCUCUGUACAACUCCAGUCGCUCUUAGCCGACGAACAAUCUCAACUUGGAAUGGUCGAGUCCGCCGAAAGACUAGAGGACGAUAUCUGUUCCUACUUCGGCUUGCCAAGAAGAAAAUUCGAGGAUCCAUUCAAGAAACUCCCAUACGACUACAAAAACGCUGAUGAAAAGCCAUGCAUUUACAAAAGUGAUAUGUAUAAGAUGUUCAAUGCAAGUUACUGUUGCCCAUUUUCGAAUCCAUUGGUACCCCGAGCGGUCAAAAUGAUACUGAAUGUGUGUUGGAUAUUUUUUCAAAAAGGAGUCAGUGACAACGAAAUGAUUGUCUGCUCGUGUGGCCCGGAUUUUUCGGAAUUUGAGAUGCCUCCAUAUACGCUCCCUGAAACGCCGUCUGAAAAUGAUUUGGCGACUAUGAUAAAUGAAUGGAAAGUUAAAAACCGGAGUGAUAUCAAUGAAAUGGUCGAUUUCAUUGUGCAUUAUGUGGACGCAUUUCUCGAAACGUUUAAGGAGAAGAAAAAAUCAAUUGAGGAGUAUACUGUUGAUAUCAAACAAAUUAUUGAAUAUGUUGGGUUUGUUAUCGGCAAAGUUGCGAAGUUCGCCAGUGACAAUGAUAUCCACAUGCCACCGCUCCAUGCAAUGCAGAAGAAGAAGAAAGCAGUGAUCCGAGUCUUUCAAGUAGGAAAUAAGAAGUUUGUGAUGGCCGAGGAGUUGAGAAAAACUUGUGAGCAACAUAACAUUGAUAUUGGAAGAUUCAAAAAGGAAGUCAGUGGAAUGCAGGAACUGUCAACAUUGACGUAUGAUCAAGUGGCAAAUAAGAUAAAGGGCGUGGCCGAGAUUGUGACGAUUGAGAAGGAGCGUUUGCAGACGUUUGGCCAAACACCGAUACGAUAUGACGGAGGACACUGUAUCCUUUCCGUAGAUGCUCUUUAUGAACUUCUGUUGGAUAUGAUUGUGGUAAAGAAGGUUUUCCAGACAAAUGAAGAGAACCAACUCGAAAAGUUUUUCUUGUUGAUGGAAUUCUACUUCGAUGUGAGCAGAGGUGUCUAUUUUCUCUCAUUCGAAAACGUUGAAGUUAUCUGGACGAUGUGGGAGUAUUUCUACAGUCAUCAGAUGAAGAAAUCGAAUGGAAAGGUUAUCAAGAAAGCAAAAACCGCUGGUUUCUCCGUUGGCGAAUUGAAUGAGACACUCAAGUCCUUGGAACUGUGCUUCGAAGACAUUUCAAAGUAUGCUGAUCUCAUAUAUCCCAAGUUGGCUACUGUCGAGAACGGAUUAUCACUAUAUCAGCUUCACAUGGCAGUGAUCUAUUGUCAAAUCAACUGUUUCGCUCGGAAAGUUCCCAAGAUUUUGGAGUUUAUUCAUAAUCAAAACUCGUGCAACCGAAUGAAUAUCGUUGAAUGUCAGCAUUGUAGUGAUGAAGCGGCUGCCAAGAAGAUGGAGAAUUUGGAAAUCGGCGGGAAGAAGAAGAAUAAGAAGAAGAAGUGA